ACCACGACGUUACGUUAGAAAUGCGGGACUUUCGUCAAAUUCUCGAUUACGUACACGUCACCUCUUUCAAAUGGAGGAACGCUCGUUUCGUAACAGUCCGAACGAACGAAAGUGCGUCAGUGAACCGAUACCAGCCGAUACCAAUUUUUCAUUAUGAAAGAACGGAAUCCGAACGAUUAAUAUGGAAAUUCUCUGUUUUCGACUGCAGUCGGACUGCAAAACGUUGCAUCGCAGAGAAAGGGUCGCCGCGUACGAAACGAUUCGCAGGACGAUACGCGAACGGCGAUCGUUUAAUGAUCUACUAAUAACAGCUGCGUUUCAUCGAAUCGGUGUAAACCGCUUAUCGUUUAUCAUCACGCAAACUUCGGGCACCGUCCCGGUUAGAAAUUACGCUGCUUGCAUUCGUGCAACGGCGGCGCAGAACCGUGAAAACCGAGCGACCUAUGGAACAGAAUCGGUGUUACGUAAGUCGAAGGACGGUUCUAAUCGUGCGCCGCGUCAUUCGUCGCGAUGAAUCGCGCGUCAGCGCUCCCAUUCCCGUAUACGAUGAAAUUCCGCUUUCGUUACCUGUCGAUGAAAUUUUGAUAAACGCGAAAUCGAACCUGACGUACCCGAAUCGAAGCAGCUUACGAAAGUAAUAAAGCGAUGCACCGGAAAGAUGCACGCGUCCCUCGCGUUACGCACGACGCGUCGGACAUCAUAGCUCUAUACAACUUUGUCGAUGAUCGGAGCGUCGAUACGCGCGUAACGCGAAGGUCUGUGAACGAACUCGUCGCGACCGAGCUUCGAGAUGCAUUCUAGUACGGGGGAUUCAUGGGACAUCCGGUCGAGGCUCGAGUUGCACCAUACCCUCGUCGAUUAUUCGUGGAUCACGAUGCGCACGCGUUUGUUCGAAUCUGGUCGGGCCUCUUUUCGCGACGAUACAGGUGAACGCAUACGCACCUGUUGUAGCGCGCGUCAGUUGCCCGUAAAAUUGCGAUUCGCUCGCACGUUUCCCAUUCCGCACGGAGACAUCGCGACCGUCGUAAACACGGUUGACGGACGACGAAUUACUGGCAAAGCCUCGGUACUCAUAAGUUUUUCUGAAGGCCGAUAGAACGAUACGAGUAGAAACCGAGACCGAGCGUUCUUUCGAGAAGUGCGCUUGACUCGAGCCACUCCAAUUUCCGGCGGCGCGAUACCACGGAUCUCGUUUUAUUCCUCGAAACGGGAACAGGGUCUACCGAUUCGCUUACGUAAGGACGGACGCGGAUGGUUCAGGAGGCAACGCUCGCGAAAAUCCUUGGCACGGUAUCGGUAGCCGACGCACGCACGCGCGUGCGUGCAUCGGCAAACCAGCGGCGAACAUGACGGCGAUCGCUCGUUUCCUCGUAGGAAUCUCGAUGUUCGGAUUUCUCGGGAAAACGGAGGAGCGCUGCGCUGAUCUCGGCUGGGAGAAAAUCGGCGGUGUUAAGCCGGAGUCCGUCGGUUCGCAAGCGACUCUAUAUAGCGCGGUCAGCUCGAAAGGGAUAACGAAGCCUUGCUUCGAAAGGUGCGAGCGCGUGAACUGUACCGCGUUCGUGGUCGAUUUCCGUAGAAGCGUUUGUUACAGCGUCUCGACGCUGGACGACGAGUUGGUACCCGACGCGAGUUCCACGUUCUAUCAUCGGGUGUGCGUCGAAGUUCCGGCGAUUUGCGCCCAACGCAGAUUUUGGCAAGUGGAGAGGAGUCCGGGCGCGGUGUUCAUCGACACCAGCGCGUUCCAUUUGCGAGACACGAUCACGAGGGAGGAAUGUUACGAGAAAUGCAUAGAGACAGGGAGGAGUUGCAAAUCGGCACAGUUUCGUACGACGAGACCGCUCUCGUCGGACAACGCCUUCGGCCGGUGCACGCUGUCGCUUCACGAACGCAGUACCAGACCGCGAGCUUACAUAGCUUCGAUGUACAGGGACGAAUAUCUCGGAGAUCAGUGUCGGAAUUUGUCUAAAAGGCAGUAUUGCUCUUACGCGGAGUAUCGUAAUGCCUCUCUGCCGUACUCGGACGUGGCCCUGCCAAAUCUCGACGAGAAACAGUGCGAAAGGAGGUGCGAUCUCAGCGUGGAUGGGUUCAUCUGUCGGGCAUACACGUUGGAUAAUUCUACCGGUGAACCGACCUGUUUAUUACAUUCGGAAGACACUAUCAGUCUCGGUGUCAGCUCGCUGAUCGAUGUCAGACGAGCGGUGUACAGGGAGCGAGAACCGUGCUUGGAUCUGAAGGUUCGGUGCAACGAGUCGGCAAUGACGGUCGAGCUGAGGACUCCCGAGAGAUUCUUCGGUCGGAUCUACUCGAGCGGGUACGCGGAAAAAUGCGGCGCCCAAGGCACGGGUAGUGACAGAACGGUGCUGACACUGCCGAUUCCACCAGUUGACCAGAUCCACGAGGGGAGACUACCCUGCGGCUUGAACCCUGCCUACGCCGUCGAAGAUCGCAACGGUACACGACCAUUGGUUUGGGCAACGAUCGUGAUACAAUUCAACCCCAUCGUUCAACGGCUUGGUGAUCAGGCGGUGAAAGUCGGGUGCUCGCUGAGCGAUCGCGAACCCCCGGAACCGAGGAACGUUACCGUCCACUCUAGCUUCAGCUUCCUCGAUGCGAACGCGGGAAUACCGACGAUCUCUUGGACCGUCGUGAACGUGUCCUCACAAGCGCCAAUGGUUACCAUGAGAAUCCUGGAUGAAAAUUCGAACGACGCGAUCGUCACUCAAGUGGGUCAGAAGCUCACCCUGAGGAUUCAACUGACUCCAGCCGAUGGUCCCUACGACAUCAUUGCCGGACACCUCGUCGCCAGCAGCGCGUCGGGCGAUUCCUCUUAUCUUCUUCUGGACGAGCUCGGUUGUCCCACCGACCCGUCCGCCUUCCCUGCUUUAAUGAAGGAUCCGACCGACGGUCGUUCUCUGAUUGCGCCUUUCGCGGCUUUCAAGUUCUCCAACAGUCAGCUGGUCCGAUUCGACGUGCUCGUCCGAUUCUGUUUGGAUAAAUGCGCGCCGACCAACUGCAGCGACGAUAGGGUUUCAUACGGGAGAAGACGACGCGCCAUUGAUCAUUCGAACAACGACCAGUCUGAUGAGAAUACUUCGGAAGAGUUAACGCUGCGGCUGUCGAUCAUCGUCCAAAAUCCUGUCUCAUCUUCGGCCGAUCGUUUGUCCUCGGGAGAAAACUGUCCUGACACCGUUUUGCUCACCAAUGGAUAUGUCAAAGGAUCGCUCUGCAUCGACGUCAGUUUAGCUUUGAGUCUGUUGAUCUUCUGGCUGAUCAUUCAAAUCGCGUUAAUCGUCGGCUGUCUGUUGGUCGUCGCUCGGUACAGGCGAACGGCCGUCAAAGCGGAAGAGGACCGGGCGCGCGUCAUCGCGAGGCACCUCUAUGGUAUUCAUGGUGGAAAUUUUGAAAUUGGGCGAAGAGUCAGAUGGGCCGACCAUUCCUCCUCGUCUCACAGUUGAAGAGGACCUCGCUGUAUCUUCGAACUCGCACGCUUUCGAUUUCAACCGGGACGAGAAAAGAAACGAGGAACGCCCGAAACUUAUACAUAUUUAUUAUAAUAACAUACGAUCGAG